AUGCCAACAACAGAUUAUCUAGGAUCAUCAGCAUCUUUCAUCAAUUUGGGCCGUUCAAUUCUAAGUACACGCCGUGAUCAGGUUCAUUCAAUGGAAUCAACUCAUGGGGCCACAAGCCAAGAACUUGAGCUCGAAGCCUUUCAGAAACAUGUAGCUGAAAGGUUUCACGUUUUAUCGUCUGUCCAAUCCGAUGAGCUUCUCUCACUUCCAUGGAUUAGCAAACUUCUUGAUGCAUUUCUAUGUUGCCAAGAAGAAUUCAGGGCCAUAAUGUUUAACAACGGGGAGUACUUGAAUAGAGCCCCGAUGGAUCGAUACACGUUGGACUUCUUUGAGAGGAGUGUGAAAGCUUUAGAUGUUUGCAAUGCAAUUAGAGAUGGGAUUGAACAAGUCAGGCAAUGGCAAAAGCAAUUGGAGAUUGUGUUGUGUGCAUUAGGCAAUCAGAGGAGUUUUGGAGAAGGACAAUUUCGUCGUGCCAAGAAGGCGUUGAUCGAUUUGGCAAUCGGACUGCUUGAUGAGAAGGAGUCUAACACAACUCUUGCUCAUAGAAAUCGAUCAUUUGGGCGUAACAAUGUGCAUAAGGAUAACAAAUCCUUGGGGCAUUUUAGAUCAUUGUCAUGGAGUGUAUCCAGGUCAUGGUCAGCUAAUAGGCAGCUCCAAGCUAUUGGGAACAGCUUGAUUGCUCCAAAAGCCAAUGAAAUUAUGGCCACCAAUGGACUUGUUGUUGCUUUUUAUACAAUGAGCUAUGUGCUAUUAUUUGUAAUGUGGGCUUUAGUUGCCGCAAUCCCUUGUCAGGACCGUGGCCUCCAGACACAUUUUAAUGUGACUAGGCAGUUCAGUUGGGCAGUUCCUAUUCUGUCACUCCACGAGAGGAUUAUGGAGGAAUCGAAGAAGAGAAACCGUAGAAAUUCUUGUGGAUUGCUGAAGGAGAUUCAUGAGAUUGAGAAAUGCUCGCGUCUCAUGAAUGAACUGACUUAUUCCGUUCAAUUCCCCCUGACAGAGGAUAAAGAGAGAGAAGUAAGGCGGAGAAUGCAGGAGCUUGGACUAGUUUAUGAAGCAAUUAAGGAUGGAUUAGACCCGUUGGAGCGCCAAGUGAGGGAAGUGUUCCAUAGGAUUGUGCGCAGUAGAACCUUUGCAUCUUGA